GUGUCCGACAAGUGUAGUCUUCAUAAUCGAAUGCCAUGCUGUUUUUUCUUUCAUACCAAUCAGGGCACCGUAUCUAAAGAUUCUUGGUGUGUUGACUUCAUUCUUAUACGAGGACCUGGCAACAGCUUUCUGUUUCUGUGACCUGUGUUUGAAUUUUCCAUAUCCAUACGAGUUGUUCGCGUUUGACCAUGUUAACUUGGCGUAACCUCCAGUCCACGUCCACGAUCAAUGAAAUGACGCAACUUCCUUGUGCUGCACCUAGUACGUCUUCCAGCAAAAGCAUGAGUUAUUCUUCUGCUUCCUCUGCUUCUCUGAUCACCCAAAUUUUGGGUGAGAAAGCGUCACGUGCGAUCGCGGAAACCAAGGUCUUCCUCAUUGGUGCAGGCGGCAUUGGGUGUGAGGUGCUGAAGAAUCUGGUUCUAGCGGGUUUUUUGCACAUAGAUGUUAUCGAUUUGGACACCAUCGACGUGACGAAUCUCAACCGACAAUUCUUGUUUCGGAAAGAUUAAGGCCAUGGCGUUUAUUCAGUGUCCUCCAACGUGGUCAGUACUCAUUAUAGGUUUAGGUCUAUAACUCUAAGGGUACAAGAAGCAGCUACUGGAACAAUAGAUGUUGAAACGAAUCAACAUCGCGAUGUUGAUUAUUACGCAAGAAACGGAUUCAUAAAGAGCAAAAGAAAGUUUGAAACGGAUUCGUAAAGUAGAGCAAAAGUUUCAUCUAGUUCUAAGAUUAGCAUGUGGAUAAAAGCAAGGCUGAGGUAGCGGUAGAGCGCGUUAGGCGAUUCUUCUUUAAAAGGGGAGCCGGCGCAGAAGAAAAGUUGAAGAUUACGCCUCAUUGCGGAGAUGUUAAGAGCCUGUCGGCAGAGUUUUUCGAACAAUUUGACGUUGUCAUAAAUGCACUUGACAACAUCAACGCAAGACAUCAUGUGAAUCGCUUGUGCGUAGGGCUCAGUAAGCCCUUACUGGAGGCGGGAACUACAGGGUAUUUUUCACUUUUGCUGGAAAGAACUUCUACCUAGAGUUAGAGUUUCAUUGAAGAACCUGAAGAUCAUCGUGAACAUCUGCUACUAUGAGGAUCAUGAGUUUCAGUAGGAACUUUGCACCUGCUCCUGUACUGAAAGUACUACAAAAUGAUUCCGCUUUGCAAUUAGUAGUGACUGGCAGUAGAAGUACCACGAUCAUGAAUAAGAAAUUCAACCCCUCCCAGGUACGAAGGUCAGACGACAGUUCAUGUUCCUGGCGUCACUGAGUGCUACGAAUGUUUGGCGCGACCGAAGCCUGUGAAAUACCCCGUGUGUACGAUUCGUAAGACACCAGACAAGCCCAUUCACUGCAUAACCUGGGCAAAAAGCUUGUUCGAUGCUCUUUACGGACCUGAGGAUGCUGGGAAUGUUUUAGCUGAUUUUCGUGCGGAGCUGUCGGUUGUGGUAGGUUCGGGGGCUGCUAGUAGUAGUAAAAUAAACAGUAAUCCUGUAGUUGAUGUGUCUGGUGCUGUUGGUGGAGGUAGCAGUAAUGUAGCUGCAGGUGGUACUAGUACUAGUAAGGAUAGUUCGUGUACUAAGUCAACAUCUUCAACUACGCUUUCUGGUGCGUUAGAUCUUUGCGACAGGUUGUUCCGAGAUGACAUCCAGGGACUGUAUGACUCAGGGGAGAUCGAAAAGACCUGGGAUGCAGCAAGGCCACGUCCCCGAAGACUACGGAGAAGCAUAGACUUAUUGCGGGAAUUCGACAAAGGUCUUUACUCUCAAGAAGCGCGAAAAAAGGGACUUGUUGAUGUUUCAGAUGGUCCUGUUGGAGAAAGAAAAGACACUGAUCAUGAAGAAGAAACUCAAACAACCACUUGUUUUGAUGAGAUCGAAGCAAAACAAGAACGAUCAAAACCCCAUCAGCAUUCAGAGGGUGAUCUAGCGUGGAUGACGCAGGUCAUGGAACGAGCGGGUCAAGUCGACUCGUGGACCGAGGAUACUCAAGUCGUGUGGACAGCAGGAAAGAGCGUCUAUAAACUCGCAUCUGCGAUUCAAAGAAUACGACAGAGGCAGAUGGUAACGCUUUUGCGAUAAUCUAGUAGGUACCUUAAGUCGUGUGACUCUGACUUUCACACACAUUUUUCGCUGGUGUAGAACAACAAGUACAUACAACUCUUGUAAUAAAAAGAUACAACAUCCAACAUGGAUCGUAUUGAUAUCGGUACUAUAAUUUUCGAUACAUCUUCCCCUUCCUGAUCCAACUAGAACUGAGUACCCAAAAAUCAAAUCUUCAGGACGCAUUCGAAAAAUCGGGAGCGCCACUUGAAGUAGUUUUUCGCAAAGAAGAUGAUGCAGCUGUAGACUUCGUGAGUGCGGUCUCGAACUUGCGGAGUCUGAAUUAUUCGAUUCCGCCUCAGACAAAAUGGAAAGUAACCUCUAUGGCAGGAAACAUAGUCCCAGCAAUCGCCACUACUAACAGCAUCGUUGCUGGCCUGCAAGUGCAGAAUUUAGUCCACCUGGUGCUUGCGACGAAGGUGAAUGGUAGUUGUGCUUCAGCAGGUUCUAGUGGUACUGGAGGAAGUGCCGCAACAAGAGGUUCUAGCACAAAAGAUAGCUGUACCAAAGCAACAACAACUACUGCUAACCAGAGGAUCCUAGAAGCCUGUCGUGACUGCUUCUGUAUGUAUCCGAGCACAUUGGCGAGUAGGAAGAAGGGCGACAUGAUCGUCAAGUCAGGUCGCGCACAGCCACCGAAAAAAGACUGCCUAGUCUGCGCGGGCAAUACGCAAGUAACGUUGUACGUAUCGAAAAAAAAGCAUGAAGAAGCGUCAUUAAAAGACUUUCUAGUCGACACAGUCUUACGCGGACACUUUCACUGCCAUGAACCCGCCGUCAACGUGAGCCAGCCAGCACUCUUGGACUUAUGUUUUUGGUGAUUUAGACGUCCUAUAAUCCUAUCUUUCUUCAUGUGUUGAAAAUGCGAAAUCCUAUCUAUCAAAAAAUUGGCUCAACAACAUCAACAAGAACAAAUUCAAUCCGACCUACGUUGUAAAAAGUUGUAACUCUAAAAAUGUUCCUUGUUGUAAAUAAAAGUAACGUUGCUCCUUGUCAGUCUUUCUCUUUCAUCUUCUAAUCCAUAUUUACGACCCUGAGUUUCCAGUUGCGAGUGAGGAAGCAGCAGCUGAGGGCUUCUUUCCCGACAGGAGUCUUGCCGCAUGCGGGGCGAAACAUGGGUCAAUUUAAGGCUCCUUGUUGUUACCCUGAUAAAUCCAUCUUUCCUCCUCUUGUUUGUUUACAGAACAUCUUCCAAUCCAAAUUCAUCCUUGGAGAUGGCUCUUGUUAUUUUCAAGGAGGAAAAGAAAGGCCGCUUCUUCUAGUAACACCAUCUCUUGAGGGAUGGAACUAGCAAUUUUUCAGGAUUAUGCAGGUGACCAAGAUGGAUACUCAUUGAUUCUACUAGUUCUAGUACUUUAGGAUGGUUCUUUCUACCAAGGUGAUGGUUCUUUCGACGUCAAUGCAUUGAUUCGUCUCUGCAGGAUUAUGGUGGUCAAGAUGGAUAAGUACUUACUUACAUUGAUGAGAAGAAGUGGCUCUCGCUCUUCUUCCUCUUCUAAUCACUCUUGUCGAUAUGCGACGCGAGUCAGGUGUCGGUGCAAUUUGAUGCUCUGCUGAAAGUGAUCGACAAGUGGAACGAGGAGAACUUUCCAGACUUUUUUGCGGUGAAUGAAAAACGAGAGGACGUCGAACUGGUGGAGCUUUCUCCAGAAGAUGUAGAUGAGGAGGCUGCAGAUCUAGAAGAUGAGGAGGCUGUAAAUGUAGAAGUGGCGGACUUGUCUCCAGCGAAGAAGAAAAUGCGGAAAGAAUGACGAGACAUGAAAGACGAGGGCUUGUUUCCCCAUGAUCCUAAUUUUGGCAGCAUACAACUGAUGAAUCGACCCCACCAAUCUCUUACAUAGGGCCCUUUUUGCGUUCAUCAAACUACAUGAUGUGUUAUUCUUGCGCGCUCCUUUAAAGACGGAACAUCUCGAUGAAGUCGAACUUGAUAGUGUCGCAUGAUCAUGGUUCCUAACGCGAAAAAGUCAGUGGAGAAGUAAACGACACGCCCGACAUGCUACAAGAACUACAGCAUGAUGUAGAAGAAGCGAG